AUACCGCGGAUCCGUCGGAUUUUCGCGUUUUUCGCGCCUCAGCGUCGUGACCGUCAAGUAUUAGUGUGCGCUGACGAUCUUUAUCUGCGUUGAACGAAAGACAGCAUGUCCACGAGUGUUCGAAAAGAUUAAAAUCGAGGAAAAAGUAGCUGAGAAGACAGUGGUCGUGCGUGUACCAGGCAUGGAGUGGACUCAGUGCGCUCGUUUCAAAUCGUUACGAGCCGUUACCGCAGUCCGAGUCGAAUCAAGAUCGCAAGUAUCGUCUAACCUCAGUCGCAGGGGAGCCGCGAGGAUGUGAGCAAGGAUGCGCGCAGGAGUGCGUGAGAUCAUCGUGAUCGCCGGGAGAUGGCCGCGACGCGCGUUUCAACGUGAUCCCUGGAGGCAAGCGGAGGGGAACGCGCCGUCGAGCGAUGCAGUGAGGCCCCGAGCAGCGAGGAGGACGACGACACAAGGCAGCUAGGACAACGAGCAACGAGCCGAGGAAGGAUGGAGGAGGUGCGAGGUUCCCCGGCGCGACGCCUCUCGCAGAUCCUCGACCCGAUCGCGCGGCUCGCCACCGAUUUUGGCUCCAACUCGGCCCCCUGCAGCCCCAGGCUAGGCGCGCGGGGCCACGAGGCGAGCGGCGGCGGCCAGACGACGGGGCCAGCGCAGGCCGAGGUCGCAGCGCAGCGCAGACAACAAGCCGGGCCGGAGCCGAGCCGGGGCGGCGGGCUGCUGGCGAGCGGAGCGGAGAGCCCUCGACUGUGGCCGAGGCAACUCCGCCAGGCGCCGGCCCCACCGCCCCGCCCGAGGCACGCCAACAACGCGAACAACAAUCACGCCGCGGCGAUCCAGGGCCCCGGCACUCUUCCGCCUCCGGUGCACGGCAGAGACUCGCCCUACGUCAACGUGCCGAACUUGCUGUUUCAAAAGGACAAGAAGGGGUUCGCGGAGGCCGCGAGAAGCGCGGGCUACGUGGAGCUCAGGGACGCGAAGCCAAAGUGCAGCCCGUACGACUUCACCUCGGAGUCGAGCGGCCACGUGGAGUACGCGGACAAGGUGCGGACGUUCGCCGCGCAGACCGAUUUCGAGGCUUCCCCUGCCUGCUACGACGCCAAGGAGCUGGCCGCGUUCGCGAGAGCCAGGUCCAAUUUCGACCCCGGACCUGCGCCGCGCGGGGGACACUUCGAUCGGGCGUACUCGUUCUCGGGCAGGCAGCCGGAGCAAAGCGGAAGGAUGUUCGGCGAGAGCCGGGUGUACGGGGAGCAGAGGAGCGCCGCAGCUGCUUCCGAGGCGGCCAAGAAGGAGAAGCUCGAGACCAGACCCGCUUACGGCGCGUCCAAGAGCUUCGAUGGAUACUCGAGCGCCGUGGAGGAGCUUAAUUGGCAGGAAAGGUGCCUCGAGUUGCAACUCGAACUGCACAGAAGUAGAAGCCAGGCGACCAGGGUGCGAGAUAUGCUUCGCGAGAAGCUCUCGGAACUCGAGCAGCGAGUGUUGGAAGCGGAGGGUCGAGCCGACGAGGCGGAGGACAAGGUACGGAUGAUGGAGGAGCGGCUAGUGAAGGGUGAAUAUUGCUUGAGCACAUCCGGCGUUGGUUCUCCACCGCAUUCGCUGCCGUCGACUUCCGGUACGCAGAAUGACAAGAUCGAGGAUGUCCAUUGUGCUUGUAUCUCGAAGCUAGAGACACAGGUCGAGGAACAGAGGCAGUUGCGGCUUCAAGACGCGAGACAGGUCGAGGCGAAAGCCGCGAGAAUAAAAGAAUGGGUGACCAAUAAGCUGAGGGAAUUGGAACAGCAAAACCAGCAUCUAAGGGAACAGAAUAACAAGUGUAACCAACAGUUGGAGUUACUGAGAAAUCACAUAACCAACAUCGGCCUGAAACCACCUGCACCCACGAGAGCGUCUCUGUCCUUGGAAGUAGACCCGACGUUACGCAGACGAUCGGAAAGCUUGGAGGGAACACCGCAAGCUAUACCGGAAAGCGUGCAGAGCUCUGUAGCGGAACCACAAGCCGGCACCAAGCACCGAAGACACCUAUCCGCUUGCGGAACUAUACAACGAGGAAUUACAACCACCAACAUGGACUCAAGCUUACUGUCGGAAGAACUCGCUGCGGCGGUAGAAAAUUUGGUGAUGUUGCCGAAUAUACCUGGAGUCUCGGAGACGAGCAGAGACAGCGGAAGUUCGGAGGCCAUUCACGAUUACGCGGAGAUUUAUACACCGAGUAGAGAAGGGAUGAAUUGGGCUCAAAGCGCGCAGGGCCCUCGACCGCCUACCCCGCCUUUGCACCGAUUUCCUAGUUGGGAGGCAAAGAUAUAUCAAGUAGCGGAUGGUGGGCUUGGCAUCGGCCCACCUACGAACGAGGAAUCCGCACCUUCCACGAUGACCAAUACGACCAGCUCGUCGAAACAUUCCCAAGCGACAGGACACAACUUGACUGCCCACAAUUCUCAAGGCUAUUGCGACAUUUCAGUUCCAGUCUACGCAACGGUCAAAGGACGAGCCAGUCAAAUUAGAUCCAUGCCUUUUGGCGACAGUUCUGACGACAGUUCGGAUGGCGAAGAGCAUCCUAAUCAAACGGAAACCAAUACAAGGAUCACCAAUAGUUCAUCGGACAACACAGACUCGUCACUUGGUAGCGGAAGUAGUCCGUCGAAGAGCGUUAAAACUACAAGCAGUCUUAGUCCCGCCAAGAGAAGCUCCAGCGGUUCUCCUAGCAAAAGCGUGAAACGUGACACCUCUCUGGAAUCUGGUUUAUCGGAAGAUUAUGCGAUACCUCCUGAUGCUCUUAGCUCUACCUCCCUUGAAUCUAGCAUGCCUAGUUUGUUAAUGCGAGUCUCUGGUGAGAGUCCAAAACGACAAGAAUCGUUGGAAAAGACAGGCCAUCUCGCAAAACUCGGUGGUAAAUUGAAAACUUGGAGAAAAAGAUGGUUCGUGUUGAAGAAUGGAGUGCUCACAUAUUGGAAAAGUCAAAACGAUGUAAAUCGAAAGCCUCAAGGUCAAAUUGUGCUGGAUGAAGUGUGCAGGAUAAAUAGGGCGGAAGGUGCGGCCACAUUUGAAAUAGCAACAGGCAAGAAAACGUAUUAUUUAACGGCAGAUUGUAUCGCAACGAUGGAAGAUUGGAUAAGAGUUUUACAAAACGUACAAAGGCGAAAUGCAACGAAACUUUUGCUCAGCAAAGAAGAUAAUAAGCCUACGAUACAGGGAUGGUUGACGAAAGUGAAGAACGGGCACGCCAAGAAAUGCUGGUGCGUCCUCAUCGGAAAAAUGUUCCUUUACUUUAAGUGCCCUAAUGAUACGAAUCCUAUUGGACAAAUAAAUAUGAGAGAUGCUAGAGUGGAAGAGGUCGAACACGUGUCCGACAGUGAUAGCGAGGAAAGGGACGCUGAAUGUCCGCAUGAAAGAACGAUCGGUAUUUUCCCUACUCAUCAAGGUCCUACAUACUUGCUCAUGCCCCAUAAGCAAGAUAAAGACAAUUGGUUAUAUCACUUGACGGUGGUAUCCGGAGGUGGACCUAAUGCAGGAACUCAAUACGAGCAAUUAGUGCAAAGAUUGAUGGAAACCGACGGGGAUCCUAGUUGUGUACUCUGGAGACACCCAUUGUUACUACACACAAAAGAAAAUAUCACUAGUCCAUUGACUAGUUUGACGUCCGAAGCCUUGCAAACUGAAGCCAUCAAGCUUUUCAAGGCUUGUCAAUUGUUCAUGUCGGUGGCAGUAGAGCAAGCAGGCAUAGACUACCAUGUGGUAUUAGCGCAAAACGCAUUGCAACAAUGUAUAGACCAGCCUGAAUUACAAUCUGAAUUCAUAUGUGCAUUGGUAAAGCAGACAAGUCGUCACACUCAACACCGUUUGGGCGUACAGGUAAAAAAGGCCGCCAGACUUGUGUCGCUGGGUACUGCGCGCGUUCAGCUCCUUCUCUGCGCCACGCAAUCGCUGUUCACCUGCGAUACGCAAAGUCCCGCGGCAAAUGGCAGCGGUGAAAAUGCGGACGCACAAUCGACGGCCUCCACUUCUCACAGUCCUCCGCUCAUGCAGGGCCAUUCGACUUCUACGAUUUUGGACUGCAAAACUAAUCCCGCCCAGUACGUUCUUAUCCAGGGAUGGCAGCUGCUCGCGCUUGCCGUUUCUCUAUUCCUACCAAGAAAUAAUCGAUUACUCUGGUACCUGAAGUUACAUUUGCAAAGAAAUGCGGAUACCAAAACGGAAUGCGGCAAAUAUGCAGCUUACUGUGAAAGAGCAUUGGAAAGAACGCUUCAAAAUGGUGGAAGAGAGGUGAAGCCUUCGAGAAUGGAAGUUCUAUCAAUAUUAAUGAAAAAUCCUUACCACCAUUCCUUACCACACGCGAUACCAGUUCAUUUUUUGAAUGGCACGUAUCAGGUUGUAAGCUUUGAUGGUAGCACAACAAUAGAAGAAUUUCUAAAUACUUUAAAUCAAGAAAUUGGUUGCCGAGACGUUCAUCAAUCAGGUUUCACGUUAUUCAGUGACGAUCCGAUUGAAAAAGAUCUUGAACACUUCAUUGAUCUUCAAGCAAAACUUUGUGAUAUAAUCUCCAAAUGGGAAACUGCAUUGAGAGAAAAGGGUUCGGGAAAAUUCGAAAAUACCAGAGUAAUACAAUUAACGUAUAAAUCGCGAUGUUAUUGGAGACAGGCAGCUAAAAUGGAAACCGAUAGAGAGAGACUUCUUCUUUGUUAUCAAGUAAAUCAACAAGUCGUACAAGGCAAAUUUCCGGUAAAUCGAGAACUUGCAUUUGAACUUGCGUCAUUAAUGGCACAGAUCGAUUUUGGAGAAUAUAACAAUGAUAAAGCUCGAGGGAGUGGCCCAGGAAGUAAUCCGCAUCAUUUGGUGCUUCAAGCUUUGGAUAAAUUUUAUCCCGUACGAUAUCGAACAAAUAUUACUGCCGAACAAUUGAGAGAAUUGCAAGAGAAAUUGCAAGAAAAGUGGCUUGCAUUAAAAGGUCGCAGUGUAUUAGAUUGUGUACGCAUAUAUCUAACUUGCACUAGAAAAUGGCCUUUCUUUGGAGCUACACUUUAUCAAGCAAAGUUGAAGCAAACUGAACCAAUAACCGUAUGGAUAGCUGUUUCCGAAGAUAGUGUUACACUAUUAGAAUUGCAAACAAUGGCAGUGAUGUGCCGUUACAAUUAUGCGAAUAUAGUUACAUUUGGAGGAUGUUUGGAUGAUUUCAUGCUGGUUGCUUGUUCUGAUGAAGGUGCAGCUGAACAGAAACUCUUGUUUGCACUUUCGAAACCUAAGAUUUUGGAGAUAACAUUAUUAAUUGCCGAUUAUAUGAAUGCCUUGGGACACACUUUACCUGGUACUCCACAAAUGAAUACAUUAACUCGUAAUGGAUCUCACAGAUCCAUAAAAUCAACCCUACGACCCACAACUGGUUCAGGCUGUCUUCCAACGCAACCAGAUAUUUUAAAAUCUACGCCAGAUCACCAAAGACCUUAAAAAAAGACUGGUCAAUGGGGAAAAAAGCAGGGGAAUACAGCACUUGAUUCAUGAAAGUCUGAUCCUAUCAUGGCACUAACUUUAUACUCGAAGAUACUACAGGCUGUAUUAUAAAAAUCCGCGUAAUGAUAUUUUGGACGACACUCAGCAACAUGUGCGCUGUAGUUGAUUUUAGUUGCGUUUUGUGUAAAUUAGAAAUGAUGCUUGAUAAACAUUUCUGUGUACAUAUCUGACAGCAUGCAAAACUUUGUGGUCCACGUUGCGCGAUUUGAACGUGGGUGACUGAAAUUAAUCGAAAACGAUUUUGCAACACUGCCUAAGUAAAUUAGUAUAUCUGAAAUUACAUCGAAUAGUUUCAUUGAAAAAGCUAAAGCAUUGUGCUGAAACUUUUUGCUACCGUAUUUAUAUACCAAAUUCAAAACAUUUAGCAUAAGAUAACUAAACAAAAGUGGUAUAUUACAUAUGUAUAUAAUUAAUCAGAGUUACUGAAUGUUUAGAAGUCUAGCACUGUCUAGAACUUAUGCAGCGAUACUUUUGUCUUUAAUGUAAGAUUAUAUCGACGAAAUUUUUAUUUUUUGUCAAAUUAAUUGCAAUACAAUAAGCUGCAAUUAAUUUGCAGCUAUGAACAAAAAAAACAUAAAAAUAUAAAAAUUUUCAGAUUUUUAAUGUUUUAUUUAAAAUAACUGUACUUACUAUAAUUGUAUAUUUAUAUACAAUACUUCGAUUAUAUUAUUCAU